AGGUUGGGCGUUAUUCGUGAGGAGAGAUAUUGAGUGGCUUAAAUUAACGCACCUCUUCACACGCAUAUAUGAAUGCAUCGUAUAUAGGCUGGUUGGUAACGAGCAUCAGGCCUCUUGCGAACUUUGGGAGUCUUUCGGGCUCUGAAGGAGGCGAUAAGACGUAAGAUACUGGGACGAGCAAGCAUCCACCCAUACAACAUGCAUGGGUUGUGUUGGUGGAACUAAUACGAAUCGGUGAUAAACCAUCGAUUCCCGCCUGUCCCCCCCUUGUUUUAGCCUAAUGGGGAGGAUCCAGCUUUCACCCUCGGGAAUAGCGACAGCAAACAGAAGCAAGCGGUGGGUGUUAUAUGUAAGGUACCGGUAUUCCGUGAUUGGCCAAUUCUUCUUCGAGGGCGCAUAUAGGCGUAACGAGGGAAACGCCUAUUACACAUAUAUACCGUUCUUUUCUUUUUCUUUUCUUUUUUUCUUGUGUCUGUUGGGAUCUCUUUCUUUGGCGAAAUCGAUGACAGCACGCCUUUUUCGACGCAUCGUGGUAGUAUACGCGCCAGGGGAAGCUCGAAUACGGGGUUACGCGUGUAUGUACACAGCUGUGAGUAAGACGUUCACCGAGCCGUUUUUUACAGCUGGACCGCCUGGUGCCCCCAUACGAGGUAUCUGUCGACUCAUACGGACGAGCCCCAGCCAUUGUAAUUUUUUUUCCCUGGUCAUUUUUUUGGCCGUCGUUGUCAAUUUCCUUUCCCUUCCCUCUCCUGCAGCGCGUGGAAUUGGGCGGCCAGGUGGCGUAGGCAGGCAAAGCGACAGGUCGGCCGAUCUGAUGAAAUUAAUUAAAUCGGAGCGGGCGGGCGAGAUACACAUAUCGUGUAACCGCCGCCACCAAGCCCUAUUAUGGGAUUAUGGAGAGAGAGAGGGGAAGGGGGAUGGGGGGAGAAGGGGGGGAAGAGACGAUAAGCAGUGGCCAGGAACAGGAGAAACGGAAAAAUAACAUCUAAGACAUGGGUCGUGUCGGCCGCAUCAUAUCAUUCUUGCAGAAGAAAACUAGGGCUAAGGGUACCGUGGGUAGGGACAGGACCCCGUUGCACGUCGAUUCUUCUCACUCUUACAAGGCGGAAUUGGAGCAGGCAAGCAAGCCAGUAAGCAAAGCUGGCAAACACGCGGUAACGUGCGGUGCGGCCCGUCUUACGCCUC